AUGGGGUGCGGCAUCGACGGGUAUGUGAAAGGCGUGUUGGGUGGCUUGUUACAGGGCAAGCAUGUGAAGGUAAAUAUUCUCGGCGACGUGAUCGAUCAGGGCUCCACCAACCUGCAGAUCGACCCGGUCGGCUUCAGCCCUCACGCUGCCAUCUACUCCGUGAGACCCGACGUGCGCUGCGUCAUUCACAUACGCACACCAGCCACUGCUGCUGUGUCGUCUAUGAAGUGCGGCCUUCUGCCCAUCUCUCAGGAGGCUCUGAUCCUGGGUGACAUUGCAUAUUACAACUACCAAGGCAGUCUGGAUGAGCAAGAGGAGCGCAUAGAGCUCCAGAAAGCCCUCGGACCAUCAACGAAGGUGUUGGUUUUAAGGAAUCAUGGGGUUGUAGCUCUCGGGGAGACCAUUGAAGAGGCCUUUCACUACAUUUACAACGCUCAGUUUGCCUGUGAAAUACAAGUGAAUGCGUUCUCAUGUGCUGGAGGAGUGGAGAACCUGAUCGUGUUGGAUCUGGAGAAGUAUAAACCUCGGACACAGGGGGUGGCAGAAGCCGGGGUAAACAUGGGCUCUCAGCACAAGUGGAGGCUGGGAGAGCUGGAGUUCGAGUCGCUCAUGAGAAUGCUGGACAACCUGGGUUACAGGACAGGCUACACGUACCGGCACCCCAUUGUGCGGGAGAAACCGCGACACAAGAGCGAAGUGGAGAUUCCUGCAACAGUGACAGCAUUCCUGUUUGACGACGAUGAUGCUCCACGUUUCCCACUGAAGUUACUGCAGCAGCGACAGCAGAGAGAGAAAACACGCUGGCUCAAUUCACCCAACUGCUACAUGAAGGUGAACGUGUCGGACGGGGUGAAUGAGGAGAACGGACGCACCAAGACCACGUGGAUGAAGUCAGACGACAGUGGAAACAACAGCGGGACUCCGAUCCGCAUUGAAGAUCCAAAUCAGUUUGUUCCUCUGAACACGAACCCCAAUGAAGUUCUGGAGAAGAGAAAUAAGAUUCGAGAGCAGAACUGGUUUGACAUGAUGACAGCAGGGCCACAGUCACAGCGGCUGGCGGGGAUUGUGGUGGAAAGACCGCUGCCGUACAUGGGGGAUGACGAGGAACAGACGGGACCGCUUCCUCCAAACCCCUUCAGCGAGCUGAAUGAGAAAGAGCUGGAGGGCUACCAGAAACGAGUAGAACUUCAGCAGCUCGGAUUAGAUGAUGAAGAGCAGCUAACGUCAGAUGAUGCUUCCACACUCUCUCAAUCAGUGUCCCAAACUCAGUCUCCACAAAACACUCCAGCUAAAGAAGAGAACCACACCGGCGUGAUGCUGAACGGUAAAGAUGACCACGGUGACGAGGAAGAGCUCAUCAAGCGUGUGAGCCAGCUGACCACCAGCAUGGAAAGCGUCGAGAUCACGGUGCGCUCGGGAGAGAAGAUCGAAGAGGCUCUGACGCCCGAUAGCUCGCCCUCCAAAUCACCCAACAAGAAGAAGAAGAAGUUCAGAACCCCGUCCUUCCUGAAGAAGAACAAAAAGAAAGAGAAAGUGGAAGCCUAGUGGAAGGAGUGAAUCCAUGCCCGCUUUGUCUGUCUUUGUUCGUCGUUUUAUGUUUUUAAGUUUGAAAAAGCAUGGCACAUUAUUUUGGGAGUCUGUGAAUAGAUGGAGCGACAUCUGUUUUUAAGAGACGUGCCAUGAUUAUAAGAUGAGAUUUAUACAGGAAGAGAAGUUUCUCACCUAAUGGACUGAAAAUGUUCCUGUACAGUUUCCUAAUGAUUUUAUCUCAUGAGCCCAUACUGCAUUAUUUUUCCAUGCUGUAUGUUUAUUAGAUUCUCAUACAGACCUUUUAUGAGCCCCUUUUCUAUCCGCCACGUCAUCUCUUACGGUGUCCGUUCUGCUUGCGUUGUUUCUCCAGCUGUAGGUGGACGGUAGGUGUAAUUGGUCACACUACACAGGAGACUCUAAAGAAUCACACUGGAAACCGUUCGGGGGUUAUUUGAACAGGGUUUGUUUGAUUUUGUUUCUCUUAUGUUGCCUGCGAUGGUCUGAAAUUGGGUCUGAUCCUGUGUAGAGUCACUCCAGUCUCCUCUCCGUACUGUUCUUUGCCAAACAAAAAGAUUGAAUGGCAAAAAAGCAGAGCAAUCACGUUUUAGUGAACAUCAACUCUUCGUCUCUUAUGAAAUAUUUUAGCUUUUUUUUUUUUAAUUGAAACAAUUUCGUUUUUAUCCAUACAGUUUUGUACUCGUUUCUAUACUUUAACAACGAAAAUACAAAAUCUUGAAGCAUGUUUUGCUAGUCUGAAUCUAUAUGGCUGAUAAUGUAGCAGUGCCUGACUUCUCAAUCGUGUAAUAGCUCAGAUUAAUAAACAUGUAACGGAAAUAUAUGAAAACUGGAGUGAUUAUAUAUAAAUAAAUAAAUGUAAUAUUUUUAUUCUGCACUUUUUAAUGUGGUAUACAUAAAAAAAGUCUAUGGAUGAACUUAGCAGGAGAUCUAAAGCGAAAGAGGCAUGAUAUGAAAACAUGAGAAAUGUUUUAGCAUCUAGAAAAAGGGUGGAGAAGGAAAACUUGUUAACAUAUAAGGAAAAAAUAUAUAUUUGUAAACUGUAUUUUUGAAAAAAAAAAAAAAAAAGACGUCUCAGUCCUAAAGCGAAGUACUGGCUCUCACGGGGUCAACAGUGGGUUCAAAUGUAUUGAGUGUAAUUGAUUCCCAUCACAUCAGACAUUUGAGCUUCAUUCUGGGUCAUUCUAGUGCUCUGAAUGAUGACAUCAUUCAUUAUGUCACCUUAUGACUGCCAUAAGUCAUCUCAUAACCAUCCUACAGGCUUAAAAGUCUCCAAAACUUUAGUGUUACAAAGCUUGAGAAGCAGCAUUGUACAGUGUGCCGUUUCCAUCUAAAACUGGAUUGAUUUACUCAUCUUCCCUCCAGUUCCCAUGAGGUCAGAAGUUGCUUGUUUUGCCCAUUUUAAAGCAUUCUGCCACACGAGAUAACACUCUGUGGACAGACUGUACAACAAAAGCUAAUCUCUCAUGGUUAAUAUUAGCAGUUUGAACUCUGUUAGGCCCGAAUGUGGUCAUUAUCCAUCCCGUAGGGGGGAGGAAGAGGAGGAACCACAGAGAGAGAGAGAGAGAUAUGUAUAUCCCAGAGGGCAAUGUGAAGUACUGGCUUGGGCACGGAGAGAGAGACAGACAUUUCUAAGCUGUGUAAAUAGCAUGUGAUUUGAAUGCGGGCCAGGCGUGGAUUAAAACGCAUUUAAAGCUGCACUGGGUGCGAGUUUGGAGAGAGAGCUGGGGCGGGUGGGAAGAUUAACUCGUUUUGUUGCUUUAACUUUUUCUUAUUUUGGCUCUUUUUGCUCCGGUUUCCAUUGCGUUUUUUUAACUUUUACCCCUACUGACCGUUUUGCACCUUGUUUUACUAAUACCUCUCUGUUGUAGUCUGGUUCUGAAGGCCUGUUUGCUUUGGCAUGUGAGUUUGAGCCGAGCCUCUUUGUGACCUGUGAAAUCCUAUAUAAAUGGUUAUCUAACGGACUUGCUUUUAGAUGUAUUGCUAAUCAGUGUAAAUUCACAAAUAAACUAUUUUAAGAAGCAA